AUGUCAGACCAACUCAACAAAGGCGAUACAGUCAGCUGGAACUGGGGGCAAGGCCACCCGAAGGGCGAGGUCGUCGGCGUCCACGAGGAGAAGACCACAAUCAAAAGCAAGAACGGGAAUGAUGCGUCUCGCAAUCUCAUGCACGUCGCCGGGGGGCAGAUAACGAAGAACGGCGAGCCAGGCAAUCCGGCCGUCGAGAUCAAGCAGAGCAAUGGAAACGCUGUGGUGAAAAAGGCGAGCGAGCUAAACGAGGUAGUAGAGUAA